AUGUGGAAUGUAGAAAACCCUUAUCAAAAAAAAUUCGAUCGCACUCUUUCAUAGCAUUUAAAUAUAUCUCUUCUUAAAUCCCUCUCAGAUAGCUUGUCAAACAGCAAUUUAGUUCAUCUAGAAUUAGAUAUAAGCUUUCAAAGUUAGUAUUUAAUCUAAGCUUAUAAUUAGUAAACAAUGCUAACCUUCGAUAUCUAAACCUAACUUUAAAGGAAUGGAUUCGACUUAAUAGCCUGCUCAGAUCCUCAUUUCAUUUCUAAUGAAUCAACUAUCUCACAACAAAAAAAAUAAUGCUACUUUUAUUUAAAUUACUCUGCUCGAGUAAUAGCCAACACUUUAGAAUUCUAAGAAGAAAAGAAAUAGCUCUUGAAUUAAUAUUCAUUUAUUUAAUAGAUUUUAACAUGA